CUUUCUGAUUGGUCCUCGCAGUAGUCGCCUGUCAAUUACGACAUUCAGUUGCGCCAACACCACCACGAGAUUUGGGCUAACAUCGGGGUCGGGAUGCGGCGAGCUCAAUGUCACGGAGCUUUACCGGCGAGAAGGCAAACAUCAGCCACGUUUAAACCACCGAUGUAAUCACAUUUGGCUUUAAAGGAUAGUCUGCAAUAAGGCUGUGACCUCCUGAAGAGGUCCCCCAAACUCCUCCCCCCUUCUUCCUCUGUAUUUACAGGUCCACUAGUCCACCAUGUCCACCCAGAUUUGUAGAGUGUUGGAGCUGAUGAUGCGCUCUUCUGGCUGCCCGGCCAUCAGAAGCAGAUCAUGUUUACACAAGGCAGUGUUGGCUCCUGUAGCUGUCUCUGGCAGCUGUGUUCCUGGGUUUGCUGUGCUUCAUAGAAGGGCAUACAGCCUGGAUUCACUCUCCUCAGGUCCUGGUCGGUUCACGUUUGGUCAAAGCUCCCAACAGCCCUGUGCAGAGAGGAUAUCCCCCUCCUCAGCACUCACACACAGGAAUCUAUCUGCUGUGGCUGUACAGGGCCAGUGUCGUCCUCUGUGCCGGUAUGACUUCCUUGACCUUGGGGAGGUAGAGGACAAUGUACGCCGUGCUCAGGCCUGUAAAAAGAUGAGACACUUCAUAGUGGACCCAGACCUGGCUAAACUGGUAGCACAGCAUCUCGGAGCUGAGGACUCUAAAACUGUUAUCUUUGAAUGUAAUCCAGGUCCUGGGGUGUUGACUAGAACACUGCUAAAUGCCGGAGCUCAGAGAGUUGUGGCUCUUGAAGGGGACAGGUUCUUCUCACACGAGCUACAGGAGUUGGAAAGUCAUCUUGAUGGUCAACUGGAAGUGGUUCAUUGUGACUACUUCAGACUAGACCCCAUUGGCUUUGGAAACCUUAAACCCCCUGUUAUGUUCACUGACAAACUGUUCACUGACCUGGGAAUAUCAGAAGCCAGCUGGACUGAUGACAUCCCGGUGAAGGUGGUGGGCAUCCUGCCUCUGCGUAAUGAACGUAGCCUGCUGCUGAAGAUGGUCUAUUCUUUGUUUGAACGGCUGUCUAUCUACAGAUAUGGAAGAAUAGAGCUCAACCUCUUCAUGAGCGAAAAGGAAUACCUGAAACUGGUGUCACGUCCUGGUGAAAUGAUGCACUACAGAGCUUUCGGUGUCCUUUGGCAGAUGGCCUGUGAUAUCGAACUACUGCACAAGGAGCCCUGGCAGUCAUUUGUGAUGUCUUCAAGACAGAAUAUACCCAGUCCUAAGGGCAAGCUUCCCAAUGACCACCUGUGCCUGGUGCGCCUGCGUCCACGGGCUGAUUUGUUCUCUGCAGGCCUCACUCCUUCUAAUGCUUCCACUCUGCUCAUGAUGGUCAAACAGUGUCUGGCAAAGAGGAAGGUCAAGCUCAUUGACAGACUAAACCUCUGGUCUCCAGAUAGUGGGAGUAAGCUGUUAGCGGAGAUGGGCAUGCCGGAGGACAUACUCACAGGCCAUGUAUAUCCAGAGGAGUAUCUUCGACUGUUUCAGCUGAUGGACAAGAGUCAGGAGUUUACACAGAGCUGGCUUUAUGAGGAGAUACUGGAAAACACAGAGAGGGAGGGAUGGGGCUAAAAUAUAUAAAUUUACAGGUCAUGUGUAUAGUUCUCUUUUUUUUAGAAAAUGAAAUGCAAAAGUAAACAAAAACUUAUUUAAAAAAGGGUCAUUUAAUAUAAAUAAUCUGUGACUAGUGACAUGGAGAAAAACAGAAGAUGAUUACAUACAGAAACACAAAAAUAGCACAAGUAAAAUUAAUGCAGAUGCCUACAAAAUGCGUUUUUCUGUAGGGAGUGACUGAGAUGGUGAAAGCAUUUGACACUGAAAUGACCCUCUGUGCUUUCCUGGAAGAGAUUAUCACGAGUUGAACUCUGAAGCAAAUCCCCAAAAGUAAUUCUUUUUGGGGCCUCAUUUGAUCAUGUAAAAAGGAAGGGAAAACGCCUCAUAGAUGCACCAUGUCAUGCAAAUGAUGUUAUAAUUAUAAUUUAGGUGCAUGUGCUCUGUGAAUGAUUGACUGAUACAACUCGAGUUUUGCUGACGCAGCAACUGUGACCACAGUUUCACAAACCGACAUACUUGGCGCAAUAACAGCGCAGUAAGAAGGACGAAGUUUUCCACUGUAUACUGUCAUGGCUUGUAUAUUUUUGUAUAGUAAUUAUAAGCAUAAACUGAUUUAAAUGUAUGAAAUGUCUUGUUUUAUUGGCUGUGUACGUUGUGUGGCUUGUAUAAUUUAAUCAAAUCAUUAAAUCAUAAUUUUGAUACGUAGUGAUUUGGAUUGAUCCGAGCCUUGUUUUGCUUUACUUACCAGGUUGCAUACAGUGAAAACAUUGUUUUGAUCAUAUGUUUCUAUUUUUGGAGCGGGUGUGCCCACAUGUCAUGCAAACUUAUGUCUUCAUUUCACACAUGUUAAGCAAUAACACAUCUGAAAUAAAUAAAAUUUAACUAU